AUGAACGGCGAUAUCCAGACCAAGAAACGGAAAUGGGAAAGUGAUGCGCGUGUUGACUCCGCUGCCACAGGCUUCUUUGAGGCAUUGGUUGAGGCUGGAGUCAAGUAUUGUUUUGUGAAUCUGGGGAGUGAUCAUCCGGCUAUGAUCGAGGCCAUGAUCAAAGCGAAACAGGAAAACUCGACCAUAUUCCCCACAAUUAUCACCUGUCCUUCUGAACUGGUCGCUUUAUCUGCGGCCUUGGGUUAUGCUCAAGUAACCGGAUCACCACAAUGCGUCAUUGUACACGUCGACUGCGGAACCCUAGCAAUGGGCCAAUCCAUCCACAAUGCCUCCGUCACCCGAGUGCCCGUCCUGUGUUUUGCGGGAUUGAGUCCCUUCACUGACAGCGGGGAGAUGCUCGGUUCGAGAACAGAAUUCAUCCACUGGCUGCAAGAUGUCCCCGACCAAGCCUCUAUCGUGCGACAGUACUGCCGUUAUUCAGGCGAGAUCCGUACCGGCCGCAACAUCAAGCAGAUGGUGUAUCGCGCUAUGCAGUUUGCCAUGUCUGAUCCAAAAGGUCCGUCAUAUCUUACUGCCGCACGGGAAGUUCUGGAGGAGCAAGUGGAAAUUCCCGACCUUGGAAACGAACUCAUGGGCCCCGUCACCCCAUGUGCUUUGCCUGAACCCGAGGUCGAGCGCCUCGCCGCUGCUCUGCUAGGCGCCAAACGGCCGUUGAUCAUCACAGGCUAUAUGGGCCGGAAUCCACGGACGCCGCCGCUCCUGGCAGAAUUAUGCGACAAGCUCCCUAUUAGCGUUAUUGAAACUGUCGGGUCGGACGUGAGCCUCCGCAGUGAUCACGAGGCAUACCUUGGUGUGACGGUCAGCACGCAUCCGGCUGUUUGCGAGGCAGAUGUCAUCCUGGUGAUGGACUGUGAUGUUCCUUGGGUUCCGACGGCAGGCAAGCCUGCAGAUGGAACGAAGGUAUUCCACCUCGACGUAGACCCAUUGAAGCAACAGAUGCCAGUCUUCUUCAUGCAGGCCAUCCGGCGAUAUAAGGUCAGCUGCGAGCUAGCCCUCCAACAGCUCAACACCUACCUCGACAAGCAAUCCCUAGAUCGAGCCAAAUACGCCGAGGCAUUCGACGCACGCGCAGCACGCUACAGACAAUGGAGACAGAGCCUGCGUGACCUCGAAGUACCUUCACCAGAAGGCAUCGUGACGGUUCCAUACCUGUCGUCCAGACUCCGGCAGCACCUACCGGACGACAGUGUUAUUGUGAUUGAAGCGGUAACCAACGCUAUCCCCAUCAUCCAUCACUUGAAUCUUACCAAGCCCGGCACGCUCUACGGCAGCGGCGCAGGCGGCCUCGGCUGGGGCGGCGGUGCUGCACUGGGCGUCAAAUUGGCCAAGCGAGAUUCUUUCAUCUGCGCAAUCGUCGGCGACGGGACCUACCUCUUCUCGCAGAUGGAAUCCGUGUAUUGGAUCGCACGGCGAUACGACAUUCCUUUCCUCCUGGUUGUGCUGAAUAAUAGCGGCUGGAACGCACCUAAGGUAUCGACAUUGCUUGUCCACAAGGACGGUCUGGCGUCCAAGUCGAGUAGAGCGGAUUUGAACCUGUCAUUCGAGCCGUCGCCGGAUUACCCUGUUAUUGCGGCGGCGGCUGGCAACGCGUGGGGAGCGACGGUCACCAAGACGGACGAAGUUGAUUCGACACUGAAGAAGGCCGUGGAGGCUGUCCAAGGGGGUCGGUGUGCGGUUGUUGAAGUUCGGUGA